CUUGUGGUUUCGUAUCGCGCUUCUUGCCCGCUUUCAAUGUUUUCCGUUUUAUUUUGUUAUUUCUGUGAUGUAAACCAAUUUUUUAAAUAAAUUUUAUUUAAUAACCUUUUAGUGAAAGAUAUUGUGCGUUGUUAUAGUGGUGCUUGCUGCAAAACAUCAGAUACAACAAGAUAUUUGCCCGGAGUCAUAACAUUAUAAGAAGCUCGCUUAAAUAGUUGAGCCCCGCACCGCACCGGCUUGCUCGCUGACCGCCGAGCCGCUAAUUCGCUUAUUUCGCGCCCCACCGUCGCCCGCCAGAUCCCGCACCGGCCGCCGCCGCCAUGCUCGCGCACCAAGCACCGCUCGCCCUCUACUAAAUCAAUCGACAACAUCGAUACGAACGCGUGUGAUAAUAUUUUAAUACUUGCCUAAUUAAGCUUGCAACUUCGGUGUCUUUCUAACGUAAUUGUAAGAUUAAUAUUUUGUAAAUUAGUAAUCUCCGCCGCGCGUCAAUCGCCGCGGUAUUAUAUUCGUCUACCGAGUGUUGCGCAGUGUUCAGUGAAGGGUGCGCGAGCGCCACAGCUACGCCGCAUAUAUAACGUGUGAGAAGUGUACUCGGAGCGCGCGGGCGCGCUCGCCCUACGCCGCCUAUGCGCCGCACUUCAGCGUAACUGUGCGUGAAUUUCAACUACGACUAUAGUGGCAACGAUGGCAACCAUGGUGAACAUGAAUAGCCUCCUGAACGGAAAAGACUCUCGCUGGCUGCAGCUCGAAGUGUGCCGCGAAUUCCAACGAAAUAAGUGUUCGCGACCAGACAACGAGUGCAAGUUUGCGCAUCCCCCGACCACCGUGGAAGUGCAGAAUGGAAGAGUUACCGCCUGCUACGAUAGUAUCAAGGGUCGAUGUAACCGCGAGAAGCCUCCUUGCAAGUACUUCCAUCCACCGCAGCACCUCAAGGACCAGCUACUUAUCAACGGGCGGAAUCACUUAGCUCUCAAAAACGCCUUAAUGCAACAGAUGGGUCUGACGCCUGGCCAGGUCCUCCCUGGCCAGGUCCCCACCGUGGUGGGUGGCGUGAGCGGAGCAGGUGCGGCCGCGAGUCAUCUCGCUGCCCUGGACCCGAUCAGUCUCGCCUUGCUCGCACCGCAGGCUACAUCUCCGUACUUAUCCGGCGUCCCCGGCGUGGGCUCGACGUAUGCGCAGUACUACACACCGCAGCUGGUGCCGGCCAUGUUGGGCCACGACCCAGCCGCCGCUGCUGCAUCGCCUCUGGGUGUCAUGCAACAACCUGUGUUGCAGCAAAAGCUGCCACGCACUGACCGUCUAGAGACGGCCGCCGCAGCGCAGCAGCCGGCAGCGAGCGCGACUUCGGAGCAAGGAAAGAAACGCCCGGCCCCCGCCGAGCUCGAGCCGCCACCGAUGGACAUGAAAAGCGUCGGAUCCUUCUAUUACGAUAACUUCGCGUUCCCCGGCGUGAUGCCCUACAAGCGGCCCGCCGCCGACAAAGCCGGCAUGCCGGUGUACCAGCCCGCGACAACUUAUCAGCAACUGAUGCAGCUGCAACAGCCGUUCGUGCCCGUGUCAUGUGAGUACCCCGCGCCCGCGUCGUCCGCCCCGCCGGCCGCGGUGACGGUGUCCGCCGCGCCGCCGCCCGCGCCGCAGCCGCAGGCCGCCCCGCAACCGCCCCCGCAGCCCGCUCCCCCACCCGCGCCGCAACCCGCAAUGCCGCAGCCGCCGCACCCGCACCAGCCCUCCGCCGCGCCCUCCCCGCCGGGAUCCCUGUCCGAGACGCCGACCCCGGACCCGGCGGCGGUCGCCAAAGAAGUCGCCCAGAAGAACUACGCCGCCGCGCUGGCCCUCGCGGCGCAGCAAUCGGCCAUGGCGCACGCGGCCGCGGCGUACACGCAGCAAGCGUUCAAGGCGCGCCACGCAGCCAUGCCCGGCCUGAUGCGCGCGCCGCUGAUGAUGCGGCCGGGCUGGCCGGUGCCGCCGAUGCCGAUGCCGGCGUUCUACCAGCAGCCGUACAUGUACGCGAUGCCGCCGCCCACGCCGCCCGCGGCUGCUGCGGCGGCGGCGGCGGCCGCGGCGGCCGUGAACCCGUACAAAAAGAUGAAGACGACAUAAGCGGCGCGGCGGCCCGCGGCCGGCGGGGCGCGGAGCGCGGGGUCUCCGCUUAGAGACUCAUACGUGUGCGGCCGAGUGGCCCCGGCCUGUCGGGGCAUUUAGCGCUAGGCGUGUUGUCACAUUUGUAUUGUAUGAUUGUAAGGACGAAGCGAACGAUUCCCGUUUCGCGGAUGUCUACGUAGUUUAUGCUAUAUCUAUAUUCUAUUGUGUAUCUACUCACUUACCGUUAUUAUCUUAUGCGUGUAUAUUUCUCGUAUCUACGAUCCCGGUAAUAAUAACGCUUGAAAUGCA